CGGUCCGUGCAUUCGGAGCACGUGUUUCAAGCACUGUAAAAAGGAAAGAAAAAAAAGCUCUCAUCUGCGAGCGUAAAGCCGAAGGGGCGUGGAUAAAGGCUUGAGUUACCUGCCCUAGACUUUCACCUGCGGAGAAAUGGAAAGAAUUCAGCACAGCAGCAGCAGUGGCAGUCGACGAGAACAUAAAACCGUCGGCAUUCCAUCACACGCAUAAAGAGAGGGAGAGGGAGAAAAGAGGAGGAGGAAGUCGACAGGUUCACCUGAAAACAUUGGGACUCGCUCCUCCUUGAAAACCCAGUGUCUGUAAGCCUAGAUCUGCUUUUUGGAAGGCAGGACAGGACGGUGAAGCAUCCUGACUAUGGCUCUCGGGUUUCUGACUGCAGCGGGAAUCAGAAAGACGCGUCGGAGAGACAGAAAGAGCGUGUUUACCUGCGCAGGUGGAAUGAUGUGAGCUGGAUUUCUGCAUUGAUCGGACAUCAUGGUCAGACCCCUACGCUUGUGGAUCUUUAACGUGCUGCUGUGUUUCGGCAUUAUCUAUUCCAGACUCGGGGCUCUUUCCUCAGUGGUGGCUCUCGGUGCGAACAUCAUCUGCAAUAAGAUUCCGGGUCUCGCCCCCCGUCAGCGCGCCAUCUGCCAGAGCCGGCCGGACGCCAUCAUCGUGAUCGGAGAAGGAGCGCAGCUGGGCAUUAACGAAUGCCAGUACCAGUUCAGAUACGGCCGCUGGAACUGUUCAGCGUUGGGCGAACGCACCGUCUUCGGCCAGGAGCUGCGAGUAGCAGGGAGGCGGCAUUCACCUACGCCAUCACCGCUGCUGGGGUCGCCCACGCCGUGACGGCCGCAUGCAGCCAGGGCAACAUGAGCCACUGCGGCUGCGACAGGGAAAAACAGGGCUACUACAACCAGGAGGAGGGCUGGAAAUGGGGCGGAUGUUCUGCUGAUAUUAAAUACGGCAUCGAGUUCUCACGGAAGUUUGUGGAUGCUCGGGAGAUUAAAAAAAAUGCCAGACGGCUGAUGAACCUACAUAACAAUGAAGCCGGGAGAAAGGUUUUGGAAGAGCGAAUGAAGCUGGAAUGUAAAUGUCACGGCGUUUCGGGCUCCUGCACCACCAAAACAUGUUGGACCACAUUACCGAAGUUCCGCGAAAUCGGCUACGUCUUAAAGGACAAGUACAACAAAGCGGUUCAAGUAGAGGUGGUUCGUGCCUCGCGUCUGCGCCAGCCGACCUUCCUCAAGGUGAAGAGGACGCGUCACCAAAAGCCCUUAGAAACAGACUUGGUGUACAUCGAGCGUUCGCCCAAUUACUGCGAGGAGGACGCCAAAACGGGCAGCGUGGGGACGCAGGGGAGACUCUGCAACCGGACAUCGCCACAUACAGACGGCUGCGACCUCAUGUGCUGCGGCCGAGGAUACAACACACAUCAAUACACAAAAGUGUGGCAAUGCAACUGUAAAUUCCAGUGGUGCUGUUUUGUGAAAUGCAACACCUGCAGCGAGAGGACGGAGGUGUUUACCUGCAAAUGAACAAUGCACGGGAAGCCAGUUUUUUUUUUUUUUUUUUUGCACAGCAGAAUGUAUAUUUGCUUUAACCCAGAGUUAAAAUACUAAACUCUUAUCAGUAGGUACAAACCCAGAGGUUCGUGCACUGACUCGCGCUAAAGGACUGCAGGACACCGGUGCAUGCUGGGAUUUGUUGUGUGCUGGUUUCUCCAUAGGAAGGGAUAACGCCGCACAAAGGAACUUGUUGAGUUGUGUUUAAGGAGCUCAGUGCAAAUCGAGGAUGUAUAAAAACUGGAACCUGGUAGAGUAUGUUUAGUUAUCCAGUCACACUGGAUCUGUCUGUUUGAACACUGAAAAUAAAUUAUUAUUAUAUAUUAUAUGUUAUAGUCUCCUAAGGAACCGAAGUGCUAACGGGUAGAAAUGUGUUAUUUUGUACUAAGUGGAAACAAAGACUUUUGUAGAAGCACGUGACUGAAGAUGUCUUAUAGAGGGAAUCGAAAAGCCCCGUCAGAAACGUUUAAUGCCUAAUGAUGUGUUGAUUUCCGAAACCACUGUCAUAUUUGAUUUGAUUUCAUCGGCUGAUGCAUGUUAACAUGGGUUCAUCUUUGCUGUAAUCUAGCCGUAGUUCUCAGUAAGGUAUGCGGUAGACAUUUGGGCCACUUUUGUUUUUUGUUUCGUUUCAGCGUAGUUAAACAAGUGUCAAUGAUUCAAAGAUCCUUCCUCAGUUGAUGAAAUGUGGAACGAGUAUAUUUCUGGAUAUGUUACAGAGUGCUGCACUGAUAUUUUUUCUAUUCAGAUACGAUGCAAUUAAAAGUAAAAUAAAUAUCAAGUUGAAUUACA